AUGUCAGAGAUUGAAAAUGAAAAAAGUAUUAUAGAAAUUCAUGAAGAGGAGGCUCAUGAUUUUGAUCCAGAUAAAGAUUCUUUUGAUUUAGAUGAUAUUUCAUUAGAUAGUGAUGAGGAAGAUGAUUGUGGAAAUAAAUGUGUUGAGAUUCUAUCAGAGUUACUGGCAUCUCAAUAUAAAAUUAACGAAAAAUAUAAUAGUGAAACAUUAACAAAUUUGGAAUCAUCUAUAAUUAUAUGCGAACACCAUAAAAAUUUAUUUGAAUCUAUUAAUAAAAAUUAUAACAGACAUUCUCAAUCCAAUAUAAUCUCCUCAAUUUUAACUUUAUUACCUAAUCAUAAAGAAAGCAAAGAAUUACUUUGUGACCAGUUUUUUGAGGAAUCUUCUAUUACAUCACUAGAUCAACAAAUUAUACUAUAUGAUUAUAAUAUACCAAUAACUAACAAUAAGUGUAUUGGUGAUGAUAAAAGGAAUUCUAUAAGAGAGGAGGAGGAUAAAAUAAUCAAUCAAGAAUAUUGUGAAUACCAACAAAGCUUGUAUGAUAACAAUAUGACUUCUCAACAAUCAUUAUCGUCAAUGCAAUUAUGUAACAAUUUUUCAAAUAUAAAUAAUAUAAACAUCUGUAAUAAAUCAUUUACUUCUAAUAAUGGGAGUAUUACAUCAGUAGAUCAAGUUAAAGUAAGGAAUAAAGAGGGACCACAGGUACCACCAAAACCAAAAAUUGAUAGUGUAAGAUUAUCAAUGGCUGCUGUUAAAGAUUCAAGUGAUUGGGAAUUGGAUGCAUUGUUAAAUGAAUUAAAUCAUUUAGAAGAUCAAUUAAAUAGUUCAACAGGAACAGAUCAAUUAAUUCUUGGAAUUCCUACAUUACUUCCUCCAUCAAAAAUAAAGAAAGAUAAUAACAUUUCAAUUAUAAAUCAAGUACCAAAGGAUAUUUCUACAAAAAUUUAUAGAGGUACCGAAUUUUCUAGACAAAAUGUAAAUUGUUUUAGUCCAGAUAUUGAUUCAGCAUUCGGUGAUACCUCUACUGAUUGUGGAAGUAAUUUUACCAGAACAACUGCUUCUGAUUUUUCAAGUAAUGAUUCAUGUAGAGGUAGUUUAAAUACACCUUCUCCAACGCAACAGGAAACAAUGACAAAAGCAGGUGUAGUAACACCACCAGCAUCAGUUGUUUCAUCAUGUUCCUCAUCUUCAGGUGUCUCUUCAACAUCUUCUAAUAUUAAACAAUGUCUUUAUCAAAAUAGUUUAUCAUCUCAAGCAUCAUCACCAAUAAAAGAAAAUUCUACUUUAACACCAGCACAAAUAAAAGCAGAAAAAAUUCGUGAAGCAUUAGAAAAAAUGAAAGAAGCUAAUAUUAAAAAAGUUUAUGUUAAAUUUUUUCUUGAAGAUAAUCAUACAAUAUCUCUUUUAAUUGAUGAAAGAUGGAGUUGUGUUGAGGUUAUGAAAGUUAUUGUUUCAAAAUUAGGGAUUUCUUUGCAUCCUGAACAUUGUAUUGUUGAGGAAUAUCCACAAUUAAGGAUAAAGCGUAUCUAUGAAGAUCAUGAGAGUGUUGUAGAAAAUAUACUUAUGUGGACACAAGAUUCACAAAAUAAAUUAUAUUUUAAAAGACAACAAGAUAAAUAUGCUUUUAUAUUAAAACCACAAAUCUUUCUUAUUAAUGAAAGAACAAAAGAAUAUCUUCCUAGUCCACAAAUUAAUUUAACAGCUGCUGAAAGAGAAAAAGUUUUGAAGCUUUUCUUUCAACCAGAUUCAACAUUACCACCAGAGAUAGAUGGAUAUUUAUUUUUAAAACAAGAUGGUAAAAAAUCAUGGAAAAGGCAUUAUUUUGUAUUAAGAUCAUCCGGUUUAUAUUAUUCAAUAAAAGGUAAAAGUAAAUCUCCAAAAGAUUUACAAUGUAUUAUGAAUUUUCAUUCAAAUCAAAUAUAUACAUGUACUGAUUGGAAAAAAAAAUAUAAAGCACCAACAGGAUAUGGUUUUUCUAUAAAACCACCACAAAUUCAAGUUAAAAAUUCUAAAUAUAUUAAAUAUAUUUGUGCUGAAACAGAUAUAUCAUAUAUGCAAUGGAUUUGUGCUUUAAGAAUAGCAAAAAAUGGUUAUGAAUUAUAUAAAGCAUACAAUGAUGGUAUGAGGAGAAUGGUUACAUCACAAUGUCAUACUCCUAUUAAAGUAGAAACACCAUCAAUAUCUUCAAGAAUAAACUCACCAAUGCCUCAUAUAUCUCAUGGAAAUCAUAUUUUUGAAAUGGGAAAUCAAAAUUCUAAUGAUAAUUCCAGAUCUAUCUCAACACCAUCAUCUAAGACAUCUAAUUCUGAACAAGUAUCAAUGGCUAGCAUGUGUUUUGACCAGGAUGACUGCGGUACAAUAAAAAGAUCUCCCGUUGAGGUAACAACACCACUUCUUAAUAUUAAAAAUAAUCAACAAGGUUCAAUAAAUUGUAAUGUAAAUUUAAGAGGAGAAAUUAUAACAGAAGAUAUAUACAGAAACAGUUGCAUAAGUGACAAUAGUUCACGACAAUUAUUUGUUGAUGAUAGAAGUGGUGUUGUUACACCUUCAAUAGAGGUUCCUUCCGAAGAUUUUGACAGCGAUGAGGAACCAUUACCACCGCCACCAAUGUCGGCUACCUUUGUAAGUGGAAGUGAACAGCAAGGACAAUAUCAAAGUUUUACACCUACAUCUUAUACAAAUAAUGGUACACCAAUAAAAUCUGCCUUAAAAAAAACACCACCACCUCCACCACCAAAAAGAAGUAACACAACUAGAUUACAAAUGACACAUGAUGUUCAUCAGAAUGUGUCAUCAUUUCAUAAUGAGUUACAAAAUGCAAUGAAUAGAAGAUUAAAUAUAUUGGAAAGAUCUUAA